UCCGUAUGCCAGGAAGUGUUUUCAGUUAAGGAACUUUGCACAGUCCGGAAAGGACUUUUUCAUGAUUAUUUUAAAAUCCACAUUUGUCACACGACUCUAACUUUACUCACGUUCAGUCUCUGCAGGUGUUAUGGCAGUGUUUGAAAACUGCAUCGUGCUGUUAGAUGUAAAGGGUUUACCUUUAAAAGAGAAGAAGAAGCUGAGAUUAGCUCUUCUGGAUAAUGGAGGGAACAUUGCCUAUGUGAUCAACAAGCAGACCUCUUUUGUGGUCACAAACAAUGUGGAUGAGUUGAGCAGUAACAGACAGAAGAGCAUCCAGAAGCUGAAGAUCCCAGUGGUUGGGAUCCAAUAUAUAUGGAGUUGUCUGGAUAAAAGACAUCUCCUGCCUGUCACAGAGCAUAUUGUGACCCCGCUGAGAAAUCCCAACUCUGAACCAACUUUUCUACAUCAUCCAGAGGUAAAAGUGUCCACUCAGAUACCAGAAAAUGAGAGUGCCAAAGAUCAGCCUCAACCUGGGACUAAGAUGUUUGAGAAGGGUGGAACCCGUCCUGAGAAGUUCAGAGUUUACGAAGAAGGUGACCAUGACCUGCCUGAAUUUCCCUCAGACUUUCAAGUUGCCAAGUAUUUGUUUUUAGAGAAGGUUAACUCAAAGAUGGUGACAGUUUUGGAGCUGCAGAGUGCCAAAGGAAGAAUGGGCCAGCAGUAUCGUGUCUUGUGUUACAUCUGGCGUGAAACUGAGAACAAAGCAGUGCGGGACAAAGUUGUGGUCUGCAGCACUUCUGAAGAUGCUGUGGAAGCCUAUUUGAUGCUGAUGAAAUUAAAGAAGAUUCAGGGGUUCACACAGAUAUCCACAAUCCCCCCUGAGGCUGAACAUUUGGCAUCCUACAGCUUGAAACAGCUUCUUCUGGAGGAAAGGCUGAACUGCUGCACGUUAACACAGGAAGUGGGCGUCUUUGUGGAGCUGGUUUGGACCGAAGCUCUCGGUUCCCUCAGCAAUAUCCUGACUGUCCCUGUUUCCAGCAUCAGCCUUAAUGAUGUAAGCAGGGUGGAGGGAUUGCUACUGCAGGCACAAAAGACUGAAGAUGAGGCUAAAGUCAAGUCCCUCCUAGAGGAGGUCAACACUCUUCUACCCCUCCGAAUGGCUGACCCUCCUUCCAAAAGCAAACUUGUGUCUCAGAAACUAGACCUAUGUCAGCUGAUCCGAGAUAUUCUCAAUGUGAGUGAGGCCACUCUAAGAAGCCCCUUUCCGUCCUCCCUGGGAAAGUACCGUGCCCUGCGAUGUAGCAUUGAUGUGGUCCCAUCAGAAAACCCUGAGUUCACUGUUGUCUCUCAACUACUUCGAGACAAGCCUGUUCAGAUCCAGCAGAUAUUGCGUGUGAGCCGGGGGGUGGAGCUUCAGAUGUUUAUGGAGAAUCUUGGCAACAUUAAGCCCCUCCUCCACUCUACGAGUCCUAGCAGUUUUGUAGGGAUAUUGUCAAGAGGUCUGCUGCUGCCCAGGGUCGGAGUGGAACAACACGGUAUUGAGAGAACAGAUAUAGGGAAUCUUGGAGGGGGAAUCUACUUCAGUGACUCUUUAAUGACUAGUGUGAGAUACUCCAAGCCAAGCUCAACCAACGGCUCUCGGCUGCUGUUGGUUUGUGAGGUGGCUCUGGGAAAGUGCAAAGACCUGCUGAAAAGAGACACCACUUUGACCUCUGCUCCUGAGGGUUACCACAGUGUACAUGGUGUCCGCCGCACCUCAAAAAUGCCUUCGGACUUUGAGGAUGAUGAGUAUGUUGUAUAUAACACAGACCAGAUCCAACUGAAGUAUGUAGUGCAGUACACUUUAGAGGAGGACCAGCUAACAGAUUUUCAGCCUCAUAUCGACACCUCUGAGGAGCCGCAGCCCACGGAAAGAGCAUGUGAGAUCUUGUCUAGUGAUGACAGUGAAGGUCUGGAGUGCACUAAAAACCCUCUGGAGGAGAUGACCGCGGGUCUCCUGGACAGCAGUGGACAGACACUUCCCCUGAAGGCUGUCCAUGUGAGGUGCAAGCUGAUGGACCUGCUGUGUCAGGUCAUCGUUUUCCAGACUUACACAAAUCAGAGUGUAGUUCCCAUUGAAGCGAAAUACGUCUUUCCACUGGAGGAAAUGGCAGCAGUGUGUGGAUUCGAAGCUUUUAUCAACGGAAAGCAUGUGAUCGGAAAGGUAAAGGAAAAAGAACAGGCCCGUAAGGAGUACAGACAGGCGAUAGAGAAGGGCCAUGGAGCAUAUCUAAUGGAUCAGGAUGCACCUGAUGUAUUUACUAUCAGCGUGGGGAAUCUGCCUCCAGGAGCCACAGUUUUGAUCAAAGUGACCUUCAUCACUGAGCUGGUUGUGAAAGCCGGCUCUAUUAUCUUCUCUCUGCCGGGCAGCGUAGCACCGUGGCAACAGAGCGCCGCUCUCAAUCAGAAAACUCAGACAACUGUUGAGAAGGUUUCUGUGACGGAGCUUCAGUCAGAGGGGGAGUUCUCUCUGUGUAUGUCCAUUGAAAUGCCAUAUGAGAUCAUCAACUUAGAGUCUUCACACCUCAUCAAAACCAAGAGGACAGACUGUAAGGCUGUGGUCAGUACAUUGCCGGGACAAACUCUCGGACCCGAUGGCCUCCAGUUGACCUUCAGUCUUUCUAAGAUCCACAUGCCCAGGAUGUGGGUGGAGAACCAUCCAGACAAAGACAGUCAGGCCUGCAUGCUGGUGUUCUAUCCAGACUUUACAUCCAGCUCUGAAGAUUCAUCCAGUGUGAGUGAUGUGGUCAUCGUCCUGGACACCUCAGAGUCAAUGCGGGGAGACGCCAUGUUGAAUGCUCGCAGGAUUGCUCUUCAAGUGCUCAACUCUCUCGAUCGCUCAAUGAAGAUCAACAUCAUCUCAUUUGGCACUGAUUACAAGGAGGCAUUUCCUGCACCAAUGCUCUUAGCAGAUACCUUUGAAUCAGCCAGAAAGUUCAUUAUGCAGUCUGACGGAGUGGGUGGCAGCACCGAGCUGUGGAGACCUCUGAGGAGUCUGAGUCUGCUGCCUCCGUCACAGGGCAUGAGGAACAUCCUGCUGCUCUCUGACGGUCAUGUUCAGAAUCAGCCUCUGACCCUCCAGCUUGUCCGAGAGAACUCCCGUCACACACGGGUGUUCACCUGCGGCCUCAGCUUGACAGCUAAUCGUCAUAUGUUAAGAGCGCUGGCUCAGGCAGGGGGUGGAACGUAUGAAUUUUUUGACACAAAGAUGAAACACACUUGGGCAGAGAAGGUGCGAGCUCAGCUUCAGCGUGUGGAGUCUCCAGGCUGCAGAUCAGUGGCAGUGAAAUGGCAGCAGUUUAAUCCCUCAGCGCCCCCUCCUGUUCAAGCUCCUUCACAGCUUCACGCUCUCUUCAGUGACUGUCACACACUGGUGUACGGCUUUGUGCCGCACUGCUCUCAGGCCACAAUAUUUGGUGAUCUUAGUGGACAGGAGAUCAAAACAAUGGUGUCCACCACAGAACUUCAAAAGACUAAAGGAACUUUCCUUCACAAGUUAACAGCCAGAGCGAUCAUCAGGGACUAUGAGGAUGGCAUACUUGGAGACAGUGAGGCAGAACAUGAGGGUAGGAAGGCUGUGCUGAAGUCUUACAUCACUGAACUCAGUAAAGAGUUCUCCGUCUUGUCCCAGUUCACCAGCUUUGUCGCUAUUGAAGAGAGGGACCAGAAUCAGCUCGACCCUGGGUUCACAGAUAUUCCUAAACUAAUACAAGAAGAAAAUGUGGAUAUUCUACCAUAUAUGAGAUGGACUCAGAAGGAGCAGACCGCUGAGAUUUUGAAUGAAGAGGAGGGAGAGUCAGAGGAGUUUGUUGGCAUGGCUUUUGAAUCUGAAUUUUUCCAUGACAGUGAAGAUGAUAUAGAAUGUCCAUCCAUCCAUCCAUCCAUUUUCCUCCGCUUAUCCGGGGCCGGGUUGCGGGGGCAGCAGUCUGAGGAGGGAUACACUGGAUGCCGUCAACCUAGCCUCUUAGGGGGGGACACCGAGGCGUUCCCAGGCAAGCCGGGAGACAUGGUCCCUCCAGCGUGUCCUAGGAAUAUGUCCAGGUGGCCUCCUAUGAAAAAGAUGUCCGAGCCACCUCCGCUGGCCCCUCUCGAUGUAGAGGAGCAGCUGAACUACUCUGAGCUCCUCCCGAGUGACCGAGCUUCUCACUAUAUAGAAAGUCAAAUGCCAAAUUUAUUUCAGCCUAAUCUGAACAGCGAAUUAGUGGUAUUUGAUGAUGCAAGUGAAUUCCAAAUUCUCCAUCAAUCAGCGGAUAUCUGUGAUGCUCUUUACGAAGAAUUUACAGAAGAAUCAAUGCUUGACAUUGGGUUAAGUUCCAGUCUUGUUCUAAUAGGAUGCAGCGAUGAUACGAUUUCCAGUGCCAGAGACUUUAUCUCGAGGUCUCCGUCUCCACCUGUGACCCAGAUUGACUCCUCACUGCCUCCUGCUGCCUCUCCUGUUGUGUGUAGGGAUUCAUAUUUUAGAUCAGCUCCUAUCAUUAAGGCUCCUCUUGCACCUAGGGGCUUUGGGUUUUCACGUAACAUGGCUUUCUCAGGGGCAGCUCCUUCAGCUAAUGCCUUUGCGGCUCCUCCUCCGCCUCCGCCUCCGCCUGCUUUCUCAGGGUCAGCUCCAUCAGCUAAUGGCUUUGCGGCUCCUCCUCCACCGCCUACUUUCUCAGGGGCAGCUGCUCCAGAUCAUGCCUAUAUAGCUUCUCGAAUGCCUCCAAUCGUAGGGGCUCCUCACCCGCGUCCUAAAUUUGGAGCUUCAGGUCCAACUCCUGUCCUCAAGUCUUCUCUCUGUACAUCUUCUCCUCCAGUUGAACUCUUUGAGGCUUCUCUCAUGGAUUCCACCACAAAAGAUUCUGUCAAGGGGAUGAUUAGAUCUAGAAGGAUGAGAGCAGACCCCCCUUUUUUACCUUCGAAAAUGGUCUGUGCCAUUUCUUCUCAACCCGAUCUUCCUGUCUCUUUCUCAUUUGAACGUUCAUCAAAUGCUGCAUUGAAAGGUCUUGGUAACUUCAAAAGGUCACAGGCUUCUCAGUGUGCCCGUCAAUUUUCAGGCUCUGAAAUCAGAUCACCAUCAGAUAAUGUUUUAACCGAGUGCAGAGCUAAAGAAUACAUCUCGUCAACUGCAGCUGUCCUGGCUUUUAAAAAAAUAAAAAAUAAACCAGCCAUGAGAGAAGUAUACAGAUCACCUCAGAUCGCCUGGGAUGAGCUGUUUCAGCUUCAACAUGAGGAUGGAUACUGGGAAUGUACUGGGAGGCUGAGUAGCUUCCUCAACCUGGACAUUGACUUUUUUGCCAAUGUCUUCCUUAAGGAGAAAGGCAUUUGUUCCUUGGGUGUAAAGGCUCAUGCAGAUAUUCUGAGACUGGUUGCCACUCUGUUGGUGCUGCAGCUGAUGCGAGUGAAGAAGUUAGCAGAGGGAGAGCUACUUCAGUCUCUCUUCAGUCUGAAAGAGUCAAAGGGUACCAGACCGGUACGCUGGGAGACUGUGAAGAAAGCAGUGGACUGGGCUUGUUGGGCAGAUAGACAGUAUCCAUGUGUGUGCAGCAGGCUGGAGUUUGGCUGGGAUUGGGAAUCAUCCACACGUCAGUUACUGGGCUGUGAUUCACCCCGCCCGUACUCUCCACUUAUACCUGUUCUUGAGAGACGUGUGGUUUAUUAACUGAACACAUACAUUAUAUCAUUUCACUCAUUGGUUGUUUCAAAAGUUUGCAAUGUGUAGAAGAUUGUCUGUUAUUUCCACAGAGCCUUAAACAAUAUUAUGAAGAAUAGUUUACUCGAGACUUUUUAUUGCAUUUUCUACUUACCCUGUCAUUUUAUUUCACUGUUUUUUAGAAAAAAUUUCCUUUGCCGUUUUCACUGCAGUUUCAUUUGUGUUGUAGAUCUGGUGUAGUGUUUGUAUGACUGGGUUAUUCCAAACUCUAUUGAUUUUAGCAAGUUAUUGUGUUGAUUUUAGCAUAUUAUUGUGUUCAUGUACAUGUAAAUAUGUCACAAAGAAUAGAUUAAGCCAUAUAUUAGCAGCCAGAUGGUUACUCAGACAGGGUAUAAAAUAAUCCAGCAGGCAUUGCCCUUAAUCUUUAUAGUUAACCUUGUCUUCAAAAUGGCUUUUUGGAACACCGAUUUAAGUACUGAUUACAAGGACCUGGACUAUGGGGAUCAGGGCCCGUAUGUACAAAGCCACUCAGAAUUUUGACACACUUUACAGUUAUAUUUACUCUAAGAAUGAUGCAGUUUUAAUCUUAUUCUUACACUUAAGGUUUAUAAGUAUUAAGACUAGAUCUCAGCUCCUGAAUUAUAUGAGAGAGCUGAAGUUGUCUCCAAACCUAGUAAAGAGUAACAAGAUGGCAGUACAGAGCCAGAUACCAUGGGCUUUACAACAAAGAAACAAUGUGUUGGAAUGAUAAGAUGACAGGGAGUAAAUGAAAUAAUAAAUAUUAAAAAAAUUAAGGCUUUGCACUUUUUAUUUCAUUAUAUAUACAGCUUUGUGUAAUAGGAUGUGUUUCAGCAGCUUGAAUAUUUAAAUUAACAGUUAAAACUCAAAAGUGUAAGAAACAAAGCCAAAUUGGAUACAUAUUUGUAAUAUGUUUGUGCAUAAUGCAAAAUAAAUGUUUGAUACUU